AUGCCUCUUCGUACCAGGGGACCAACAACUCGGAUAACCACCGAUCACCAUACUCCUAAUACUCAAAGUCCAUAUACGACUCCGUCGCAUUCAACUUCGAACUCACGAUCCAAUUCCUUCUCCGAGGGCUCAUCGGGUCAUAUUCGAUCAGACGAUAGUCACGAAUUUUCGGACAAUUCACAAGAUUCUUGGAACGGAGUAGAAUACACUGACGAUAUCGAUCCAUCUGAAUCUGCUUCACGUCCACCACGCGCAGCAACAAGAUAUAGAGAACAGAUUAGCUCUCGAGAACAAAGUACAAGUCGGCCACCUCCCAUCGACCGUGCGCACGCAAGCUACGAGCGCCCAGCACGUCGUCACACCCCUGCCGCAGAACGAAAUAACCGCCCACCUAUAUCCCGAGUGCACCGGCACACAGCACCGGGACCAUCAUCAACCGUGGAUCACUUAGAAGAUUAUCCGGGCUAUGGCCGAGGCUAUCCUGCUCAACCAGUCGCUCCUUAUGGCGGAGGUAGGGCAGCGCCUCCGUCUGGUUAUGCCCCAAGCGCAUAUUCCGCCGGUGCCAAUAGUGCCCCAUAUGCACCACCAUUUGGCGCUCCUGGUGCUGCUCCUCCCUCAGGGCCUGGCCAAGGAGCUUUGACACAUUAUGGCGGCGGCUAUCCUCAGCAAUAUAACCAAAACUCAAACCCAUUCUCUCCACAAAAUCAGAAUUCAUUUGCUCCACAACCCUCUCCAAGUCCCGGAGGCGCUAGCUACUUUAACAGCCACGGCAGACAUGAUCCCAUGGCUAGACACGACCCCAUGGCUAGACACGACCCAAUGUCUAGACACGACCCAAUGUCUAGACACGAUCCAAUGUCUAGACACGAUCCAAUGGCUAGACACGAUCCGAUGGCUGGACACAAUCCAAUGGGCGGACACGAUCCGAUGGCUGGACACAAUGCUCCCAGCGGAUACCCUGGCCAUGCGAAUCAAGAACUUAUGCAUUACGCGCCUCAGCAUGGCUACCCUGGAAAUCAGCCUUAUGGUGGAGGUCAAGGCUAUCCAGGAUAUCCAGGGUAUGUGCCUCCAGGUAUGUCCCAUGGCAUGUCCCCAGGUAUGUCCCCAGGUAUGUCUCCAGGUAUGUCUCCGGGAAUGCAGGCCUUGCAACAUGGACAUCAUGGACAGCAAAGUAUGGCAAUGGCGCCAGCAGGGAUGCAAUACUUUCCCCCUCAAUUUUCUCCACCCGCCCCAGAGGCUGCUCCCGCUCCAGUGCCAGUACCGGUGAUUGAUAUUGAGAUGGAGAAAAAGAUGGUGUUGAUGGAGGAACAAAUGAAGAACGCAAAACUAGAAUCUGAUAGAGCUAAAGAACAAGCUGAAGCCGCCCAAAAAGCAUCUGAAGCAGCCACGAAGGCUUUAGCAGAUAAAGAAGCACGGGAGCUCAAAGAAAAACUGGAUGCUGAAGAAGCUGCAGCUAUAGCACAGAAACUGGCUGACGAGAGGGCCGAAUGGGCAAGGAAAGCUAACGAAGCGCAAGCUGCAAUCGAGAAAAGAGCUGCAGAAAGACAAGCUGAACUGGAAAAGAAAUCUGCAGAGAUGGAGGCUGAUUUGAGAAAGAAGGCAGCUGAAGCCGAAGCAGACCUGAAGAAGCGAAUGGAAGAAGCACAGACCUUAUUAGCAGCUAGGCUUGCGAUUGACGCGAAAGCAGAAAAGGAUGCCGCGAAUGCUGCUGCACAAGCGGCUUUGCAGGCCGGAUGGGAGAAGAAAGCGGCAGAUGCACAAGCAGAUUUGAUGAAGAAAGCCGCAACAAUGGAAGCAGAUCUGAAAAAGUUGGCUGCUGAUAAUGAAGCAGAUUUGAAAAAGAGAAUGGAGGAGGCACAAUCAGCUUUAGCAGCCAAAUUAGCGAAAGAAGCGAAGGAUGCUGCAGAUGCUAUAGAGGCCGCGGAGGCUGCAGCUGUCAAAGCUGGCUGGGAAGCUAAAAUAGAGGCGGAGAAACAAAUGGCAUUGAGAAAAGGGGCUGAAGAUGCACUCAAGGCGAAGGAAGACGAAGCAAAAGCAAAGGCGGCGGAAGAAGAAGAAGCAAAGAAAAGGGCAGACGAAAUUGCUGCCGCGAUUGCCGCCGCGACCGCCGCUGCCACUCCAGCAGCAGCACCGCCGCCUCCUCCACCAGUGGAGGAGAAGAAAAAACCAAUUAAAUUUAAAGAUGCCGUGGGAAGAAAAUUUAGCUUUCCAUUCCAGUUGUGUGAGACGUGGCCGGGCAUGGAGGAAUUAAUCAAACAAGCUUUCCUCCACGUUGAUUUCAUUGGUCCUCAUGUACAAGAAGGACACUAUGACCUAAUCGGACCCAAUGGUGAGAUUAUCCUGCCACAAAUAUGGGAUACCGUGAUAGAACCCGAUUGGGCCAUCACUAUGCACAUGUGGCCAAUCCCAGAAUCGUCAAGGCCAGCACCUCCCACUGGACCUCCUGGACCACCCCCAAUGAACCCAAACGGUAGGCCCCGAAGUUCUCAUGGACAUCCUCAUCAUUUUCCUAACCGUCCUCCAGCAGGACCUCUUAACGGCGCCCGAGGACCACCUCCACCUCCCCCCCCCUGGUAUGUCUAUGCCGCCUGGUAUGUCUAUGCCGCCUGGUAUGUCUAUGCCACCUGGCGGAUUAAGACCACCACCACCACCUGGAGUCGGCGGUCCUCCUCCCGUGCCGCCCUUCAUGUCUCACGCACCCGGACCAAGAAUUGUAACGGUCAAACCGAAAAAGAAGGUAGAAUUAGGAGUAUUGGGAUGGAUGGCAGGCCAGAGACCUGCGCCGUCGUCAAAAGGUCGGUCCAGAAAGUGAGCAUUACGACAGACAUUGCGUCACGUGAAUCCCUCAACACAUAA